UUGUAAUGAACACCUCUAAGGAAUUCAAGAAAUAUUAGUCAAUUACAUGAUGGUUUCUGCAACAUGAAUACCAAUGAGUCUAAAAAGAAAAAGGCUAAAAAAGUUAAAACUAAAACAUUACCAAGGAACAAUUCUCAGGGUUCCAGACCACCCGGCGAUAGUAAUAUCAAUGAUUUAGAGGAACCAUGUUGUCCCCUGAUAGCCAAAGACUCCGAAUGGGUAGACAUUUUACAGACACCACAUAGAACCAUGUCCUCUGAAUCCACCGAGGAGGUAGAAUCGGAAGACGGUCGGGAAACGAAACCAUUAGCAAUCAUGUUUCCAGGACUGCUCGCGAAAGACCCUCAGACUCUGCAAAACAUGCUGACCAAGGCCAUGUCGACCACAGAAGUCACCAAGCAUUUAGUUGAUCUCGGACAGAAAGCAAACUUCAAGUACAUGAAAAAAUCUAGCAGGCUCAUUCCGCUUGACAAGGAAUGGUUGGAGAGCGUUUCCGAAGUGAAUACCGGUUCCCAUUCUUCAAUGGGCCCCGGUGUGAGCGGUUCAUCCAAUUCUAACAACGACUCCGUGGAAGAUACAGAAGCCAAGAAAUAGAAGAACUUAUGACAGUAAUAUCAACAUAAGAUCUAAAUAAAUAAGAAAAUAACGCAAAAAAAUAAAAUACCAUUGAUAUAAUAUUAAAAAUGUAUUACAAUUUUUGUACAGAAAAAAGUAUUUA